UUUUGGUUAGAAAUGGAGAAGAAACCAACAGGCCACAUUGCAGCUGGAAAGUAUUUUUGUACUCGUGGACAUUUUUUACAGGGAUGAAAAAACGUCACGAGUUACCGGAUGUCCCGAGUGCCUACCGUUAGCAUUACGAGCCGCUAAGAGACAUCCAUGAACUCCUGCGGACCCGCUACGGACAUUCUCUGAGUUCGAAUCGGGGGGAAAACUCGGGAGAACUCGUAAAUUACCUCGUACAGUGAGACAAGGGGCUUUAUUGGUAGCCAGCAUUUGCAGCGUAAUUUAUUUUGGCCAGUGCAUUUAAACAGAGUGAAUAAUAUUUGGUGGCAGCCAUGGAUCGUGUAAAUCGUGUUAUGAAACCUCAGCGAAUUUCGCAGAAUCCACCUCGUCCAAGAAGCAUGGCAACUACUUGCAAUGUAGGCCAGCAACGUCAGCCUCUUCAAUUGCGGGUUCUGUCUGAUAAUUUGGUUCCGACUAAAAGUCAAGUGCCUUCUGGUCAAGUAAAACAAGCAAUGCCAGUGCCUCCACUUUCGAAGCAGGCUUGCAAAAAAGAUGUUCAGCAAAUUGGUGAACCUGCUAGAAAUCCAACCACACCACAGCCUGCUGAAGUGCCAAAUGAUGGAAAAACGGCAGAAAAUAAAACAGUGGAUGACCAGAGCACUCAUGAAAAGAAAAAAAAACAGUGGUGUUUGGAUGAUUUCGAAAUUGGCCGUCCAUUGGGAAAAGGUAAAUUUGGAAAUGUGUACUUGGCCCGUGAACGACAGACCAGAUUUAUCUUGGCAUUAAAAGUACUAUUCAAAUCUCAACUUGAGAAAGCUGGAGUGGAACACCAACUCAGAAGGGAAGUUGAAAUUCAGUCACAUCUCAGACAUACCAACAUCUUGAGGCUAUUUGGGUACUUCCAUGAUGCCUCCAGGGUUUAUUUGAUAUUGGAGUAUGCUCCUCGUGGUGAACUUUACAAAGAGCUGCAGAAAUGUGGGAAGUUUGAUGAUGGGCGAAGUGCUACAUAUAUGUCUGAGCUGGCUGAUGCACUUGUAUAUUGCCACUCAAAGAAAGUGAUUCACAGAGAUAUUAAGCCGGAAAAUCUACUGCUUGGGGCAAAUGGAGAAUUAAAGAUUGCUGAUUUUGGAUGGUCUGUGCAUGCUCCUGCAUCCAGGAGAGCAACACUAUGUGGCACGUUGGACUACCUGCCACCAGAGAUGAUCGAGGGAAAAAUGCACGAUGAGAAUGUUGACCUUUGGAGCCUUGGUGUUCUGUGUUAUGAAUUUUUAGUAGGCCGUCCUCCAUUUGAAGCAGCUGAUCGCCAAGAAACCUUUAGGAGAAUAUCUAAAGUCGACCUUAAAUUUUCAUCCAUCAUAUCAGAGGGUGCAAAGGAUCUCAUUAGUAGAUUGCUUAAGCACAACCCCAAUCAACGGCUGCCACUGAAAGGUGUACUUGAACAUUCAUGGGUGGUUCAAAAUUCCACUAAACCAAGCACCCAGAAAAAAACCUCUUUGUCUUCAUCUAAUCCCAAUCCCUAAACCAGAAAGGUAAUGGUGAAGACGCGGUGAAUGAGACUUUGCAGUGCAAUUACUUUUUCGUACUGCUGCAGCCACUAUUUAGUCUGCUUUGGGAAACUUGGAAAUUACCGUUACUAUUUCCACAGACAACUCGGGCUUGAAAAGAAUUGGUGAAUUUCUUAAUUUGCCCGUUAUAAUGUAAAAAGAAAAUGUGGGAUUAAGUAGAAUUCCUUUCAACCCUACUGUGAUGCUUUAUAUGGCAUUCUGUUUACUGUAAAUAUCUGUACACGUGACUGUAAUAACUCCAAAUUGUGAUCUUGAAUCUCCAAAACGACAUUGCUGUUCAAAAGGUGUGUAUGAUUGCAUCAGUUCUGGUUUGUUAAGCCUGUUGAGUUUAAUAAAAUGAUUGCAGGGUUGAAUUCUGACUUAAGACUGGUGGUUAAAAUGGGGGAAAUCUGUGUACUGAUGUAUGGUGAGUUUGUAUGUUUCAGUCUCCCUUUGCCCACUAAUUUAUUUUGCUUGUAGCCUGAAGUCAGUUUUUAUGGAUUGUUUAGUUUAUGUUAAUUUCUUGGGUUGCACAAAUACCAUGCUCAAAAACGAUGAUCUUAUUUGGAUUUGUUAAACAUGGAUUCUUUUAAACUGAACACCUUGUGCAUAGUGAAACGAUUGCACGUUGAACUCUGUAAAUGGCAACAUUUGAUUAUCAAAAGAUUGCAGUUUCAAGAAUACAUGACUAAUUUUAAUUUUCCUGUAAUUUCUUGAUCCAAGUAGAAGCUUAUUUUAGUAAUGCGUACAAUGAAUGUCUAGAUAUUAUCAUAGCUGUAAAAUAAAGAUUUGACUUUUUGAAA